AUAAUUCAAAAAGUUUUUCUCUUUUUAAUUACUUUAUAAUUCUAAAUAAUAUUAUUAUAACUUAUUAAAACCCUAAAACCCUAGUAGCUUCUUUCUUCUAGAGCCUUCUUUUUUUCUUCUCUAAAUAAAAAGCCCAAACUUCUAUCGUUUUCUCUACUCUUCUGUCUUCUUUUUCAGCUGCAAUAUUUUUCUUGUAAUUAUAUUUUAAUUUAUAAUUAUGUAUCGUUUUGCAGCAAAACUUGCUUCUAAAUCCAGGGUUGCCAGAAGCACCACCCAACAGGUUGGUAGUAGGUUGAAUUGGAGCAGAAACUAUGCAGCUAAGGAUAUUAAAUUUGGAGUUGAAGCUCGGGGAUUGAUGCUUCAAGGUGUUGAACAGCUUGCCGAUGCUGUUAAAGUCACCAUGGGUCCAAAGGGUCGUAAUGUGGUGAUUGAACAAAGUUGGGGUGCACCCAAGGUGACAAAAGAUGGUGUCACUGUUGCAAAAGCCGUCGAAUUCAAGGACAAAAUAAAAAAUGUUGGUGCCAGCCUUGUAAAACAGGUUGCCAAUGCCACUAAUGAUGCUGCUGGUGAUGGUACCACUUGUGCAACAGUCCUCACCCGAGCAAUAUUUACUGAAGGGUGCAAGUCUGUAGCUGCUGGUAUGAAUGCAAUGGAUCUUAGACGAGGUAUCACAAUGGCUGUUGAUGCUGUUGUAACAAACCUGAAAAGCAGAGCACGGAUGAUAAGCACAUCCGAGGAGAUUGCCCAGGUUGGUACUAUCUCUGCAAAUGGAGAAAGGGAAAUUGGUGAGCUAAUUGCUAGGGCUAUGGAGAAAGUAGGCAAGGAAGGUGUCAUCACUAUUCAAGAUGGAAGGACACUGGAAAAUGAUUUGGAAGUUGUUGAGGGGAUGAAGCUGGACAGAGGCUACAUAUCCCCGUACUUCAUCACAAAUGAGAAGAACCAGAAAUGUGAGCUGGAGGACCCACUUAUUCUUAUUCACGAAAAAAAAAUCUCAAGCAUAAAUGCGAUUGUGAAAGUGUUAGAGUUGGCUUUGAAGAGACAAAAGCCCCUCUUAAUUGUGUCCGAAGAUGUGGAGAGUGAAGCACUUGCUACACUUAUUCUGAACAAGCUUCGCGCUGGAAUCAAGGUUUGCGCCAUCAAAGCUCCAGGAUUUGGUGAAAACAGGAAGUCUAAUUUGCAAGAUCUUGCAGCUUUAACUGGAGGCCAGGUCAUUACAGAAGAACUUGGUUUGAACAUUGAAAAUGUGGAGUUGGACAUGCUGGGAAAAUGUAAAAAGGUGACUAUCUCCAAGGAUGACACUGUUAUUCUUGAUGGUGCGGGUGAGAAGAAGGCCAUAGAGGACAGAUGUGAACAGAUUAGAUCAGCAAUUGAACUGAGCACAUCUGAUUAUGACAAGGAGAAAUUACAGGAAAGACUAGCUAAGCUUUCAGGGGGUGUUGCAGUUUUGAAGAUAGGAGGAGCUAGUGAAGUUGAGGUUGGUGAGAAGAAAGACAGAGUUACCGAUGCUCUGAAUGCCACAAAAGCUGCCGUAGAGGAAGGAAUUGUUCCAGGUGGUGGAGUUGCACUUCUGUAUGCAUCAAAAGAAUUGGAGACAUUGCCAACAGCCAACUUUGACCAGAAGAUUGGUGUGCAAAUUAUUCAGAAUGCUCUGAAGAUGCCAGUACAUACCAUUGCCUCUAAUGCUGGGGUGGAGGGAUCAGUAGUGGUUGGCAAACUGUUGGAGCAGGAUAACCCUGAUCUUGGAUAUGAUGCGGCAAAAGGUGAAUAUGUUGAUAUGGUAAAAGCAGGAAUCAUUGACCCAUUGAAAGUAAUUAGGACAGCCCUGGUUGAUGCUGCUAGUGUGUCAUCUCUAUUGACUACAACUGAAGCUGUUAUUGUUGAGCUUCCCAAGGAUGAGAAGGCAUCUCCACCUAUGCCUGGUGGUGGUAUGGACUACUAAUGCACUAUCAAAAAGCAGUGAUUCAAGAUGACCUGACGUACAAUUUAGCUCACAGAAUAAGGAAGUUUCUUAAGGUUGUUGCUGAUGGUAUCACAAUUGUAACAAUAGCAAGAGAUGAAUGUGAAAUUCAUGUUUUUGUAGGUUGAGAACUUGUACUAUUUGCUAGACAGCGGCGUCCUCAUCUCUAAUCUAUGAAAAAAAAUUCUUCUCUAAAA